UAUUUACUUCCGUACAUUCCUCCGUUGCAUAUGUACUUUCUCAUCACAAAUUGUUUAGGUAGUAAAAACGAAGGCCGGUUUUGGAGAUUAUUUUAUAGAUUUUAUCAAAAUGUCAGAUUGGGCUCAAAAAGCAGAGGAUCAGGAAAUAUCAAGAUUGGUAAACAAUCUUGAAAUCAAGAAGGACGAUGAUAAGGACAAAUGUGUUGAAAACGCUGACGUCGCUAGUGCUGCGGAUACUAGUUUACUACUAAAAAUAAUACGCAAAGGACUGGUGGAAUCAAAUUUGGAUUUAGAAGUUCAACGCAAAGAUCCGAAAUCUCCAUUGCAUUCAGUUAAAACCUUUGAAGCAUUACAUUUAAAACCAGAACUAUUAAAAGGAAUCUAUGCUAUGGGAUUUAAUGCUCCUUCCAAAAUACAGGAAACUGCGCUACCAACACUACUUGCAGAUCCGCCACAAAAUAUGAUCGCCCAAAGCCAAUCUGGAACCGGAAAAACUGCAGCAUUUGUUUUAGCUAUGUUGAGUAGGGUCGAUACUAAACAAGACUUUCCACAGGUUCUAUGCAUAUCUCCCACAUAUGAACUUGCAAUACAAACUGGUGAAGUCGCUGCUAGAAUGGCACAAUUCUGUCCUGAAAUCAAGCUUAAAUUUGCUGUACGUGGAGAAGAAGUUACUCCUAAUUCCAAACUAAAGGAUCAUAUAAUAAUCGGAACACCGGGAAAAAUUUUGGACUGGGGAUUGAAAUACCGCGUUUUUGAUUUGAAAAAAAUAAGAGUAUUUGUUCUCGAUGAAGCAGACGUUAUGAUUGCAACACAAGGACAUCAUGACCAAUGUAUUCGAAUUCACAAACAGCUUUCUCCAAAAUGCCAGAUGUUAUUUUUUUCUGCAACGUACGAUAAGGAGGUCAUGAAUUUUGCUCAGCACAUAGUACCUGAUCCAACAAUUAUUCGACUCAUGAGAGAGCAGGAAUCACUUGAAAAUAUAAAACAAUACUAUGUGAAAUGUAUGAAUGAGGAGGAUAAAUAUAAUGCAAUACAAAAUAUUUAUGCUGGAAUAACAAUUGGCCAGGCUAUUAUAUUUUGCCAUACUCGUAAGACUGCUGGUUGGCUCGCGGGAAAGAUGUCCUCCGAUGGCCAUUCCGUUGCUGUGCUUUCUGGAGAUUUAACUGUUGAACAACGACUUGCUGUUUUGGAUCGAUUCAGGGCUGGAUUAGAGAAAGUUCUUAUUACGACAAACGUACUUUCUAGAGGUAUUGAUAUUGAACAAGUUACAAUCGUCGUAAAUUUCGAUUUACCAAUGGAUGCAAGGGGAAACGCUGACUGCGAAACAUAUUUACAUAGAAUUGGUCGUACUGGAAGAUUUGGCAAAAAUGGCAUAGCAAUUAAUCUCGUCGAUGGAGAGAAAGCCAUGAGUAUUUGUAAAUACAUAGAAAAUCAUUUCAAGAAGACCAUUCAAUUACUUGAUACAGGCAAUUCAGAUGAAAUUGAAAAAAUUGGAUAUUAAUAAAAGUGGAUAAUAAUGAACAAUAUAAUAUAAAGUGACUUAGUUUAAUAUGUGCGUUGGGAUAAAAUGGAUACACUUGGACUGUGAUAUACUUCAGCAUUGUUCCUACCAAGUUUUGAUGAGUUAUAUAGAACAGGUGCUGUUGAAAUCCAUAAUCGUUCAAAAAAAUACCCGAAGCGAAUUUUUCUAAAAUAUUUGAUAAUAUAUCAAGUUUUUUGACCUCUUGGAUAACACAUUUUUAUUAACUAUUUUGAUAUGUAAAUAAGUACAUAAAAGUAUUUCUAAGUAUCUAUUGUUUUGGCAAAUUCAAUUUACGCCUGAAAACAACAGGUGUUACUAUCAACUUACGAAAAAAAUACUUUAUUAUUUAACAGGUUCCAAGUAAAGUCAGGUCGUGAUGAUUUAAAUUCCGAGAAUUGAUUUUUAGCAUUAAGGUAUAUAUUCCGUAAUUCAUCAUAAUCCCUUAAACUAUAUUCUUAAUAAAAUUAUGAACUUUUUCAUUACAUUAGAUCAAGAAAUAUGAGAGAAAUAAAGAAAAUAAACGAUAUUGCCAAC